UCUUUCCCGACCGGAGCCCCCAUAACUCGGACACUCUGGGAAAAGCUGCGGUAACUCCCACUUGGUAAAGUCCUAGUGAAGACAAGGCAGUGGUCACGUCUUAGCAGAGUGUGGUGAACCGGAGGCUUCCUACUGUGUGCAUACUGCCUUCUCCUCACUAGGAUCCCCCCACGGGCCAGCCAGUGGGUGGGAAGAACUCCCCUCCCUUUCCUAGUGUGGACACACCCACAGAGCUGAGUUAUCUGCAUCUCUGCUGCCCCUGGAGUCUAUCAUGUUGUCUGGUGGGAAGCGCCUAGCUCUGCACGCAGGUGCGCUGACUCCGUUCACACUGGGCAAUGCCACUGAUUCUCACUGCUCCUUCUGGGCCCUGAAUGUUAGAAGAACAUAAGAACGGCCAGACUGGGUCAGACCAAAGAUCCAUCCAGCCCAGUGUCCUGUCUUCCGACAGCAGCCAGUGCCAGGUGCCCCAGGGAGAAUGAACAGAACAGGCAAUCAUCAAGUGAUCCAUCCUCUGUCGCCCAUUCCCAGCUUCUGGCACACAGAGGCUCAGGACCCCAUCCCCACCGUGUCCCCAAGUCCCCUCUGCAGCACCAGGCUCAGCCCCUUGGCUUUUGUAUGCUGCCCAUGGGCCUUACAGCCAGGCUGUCUCUGGCAGCAAGCAAAUGGUUAUAGAGCCUCUCUGCAGGCCCCAAACCCUACUCUCCGAGACGGUCUCCUGGGGCCCUUCGCCCCGCGGUCCCCAUUGAGUCCCAAGGGCUCCCCAGUGCGUUAUCUGCCAGCUCAUCAGCCGGAUCCUUUGGAGCUUGGUUGCAUUUUCAUCACUAUUUUCUGUCUCCAGUUUGAGAGUCCUGUAAAACCAGCCUGAUUCUCCUCUCGCUCCCACUGCUGUCAAUCAGAGCUAACUCAGCCCAAGCCUAUGGCUGCCCUGCACUUUGCAUAACUGGCCCCUCGGGAUUCCCCGGGGUGUACAGUGGAGGGGGCUCCUAUGCCGCCACCUCCCUUCCACCUGCAUAAGGGGUGUAGCCACUGACUGGGGAGGGGAGGCUCAUUUAUCUGUGUGCUCUUGAGUGAGCUGGGCUCAGCUUUGCAGAGCUGCUGACUCUGCCAGCUGCAGUUGCCGUCCGCGGGAGCCAGGAGCAGUCAGUAUCCCUCAGCGCGCUCUGGAGGGACAGGUCCCGAGUGCGAAUCCCGGAUCUGUCACUGGUUCCCUGCGUGGCCUGCUCCCUUUGUCUCUUCCCCGUCUGUGAGUUAGGGUGACGCUGGGCUCUCCUCUCCCGGCAUCACCAGUGCCGUGAUACUCGAUACUCCGGUGCUGAGCGAGUGCCUGUGGGAGAGCCCACAAUGAAACGGGUAAUUCGGUGUUCAGGGCAGGCUCUCGGUUGGGUGCUGGUACGGCCGGGGCCACGCACUGAAUGACGAGGGUAAAGAAUCGCGAGCUGCUCGUUCUCUGCGCAUCCUCCGUCCUGGCACGGAGGGAGGCAGGAUCCUAUGGGAAGAAUCGAGCGUGGGCAUGCGACGAAGGCUGUCUCAGAGCGCAGACACACAAGGCAGCCGAAUUAGGGUCACCCGGGAAACCGUAAUUCUGGCGUUUCCUGUCUUCCCUGUGCAUGAUGCCACUAGCUGAAUAAUGAUCUGUGAAGGCAGUGGGGGCAGCUCGCAGCAGCAGGGCCCGGGAGCCCCAUAGCCAGCGCUUUCAGCAGGGGGGCUCCGCCUUUGGCUCCUGCUCCCCAGCCAGUUUUCUGGUUUGUCUCCUGGGCUUUGACUCUUCAGCCGUUAAUCUUUGUGCAGCUGGGUAAAUGCUCUGCAUGUUCCAGCCCAGGCCUCCAUUGACUCUGCCAGAUUGUUCUCUCCCAGCGCCCUCGGCUUAGCUCCGCUCCAUCCCCUGCCGCUUCUCCAGCCUUCCCGCAGAGCUGCCCCUCACGGCCGCCAGCUGCCACCAAGAGUGGUGCUAGAGCGAAAGCGAAGGAGCCCAAAGCCCCCUCUCCUGGGCUGGGGGUGGGGCUGCCUGUCCUGGUCUCCCCAUCUUGAACUGGGGAUAAGGAUAUCUUCUUGCCUCUGUUCAGACACCCCCCCCCCCCCCUCGGCAGUGUCUGUAGCUCCCUGGAACGGCUGGGAGGCCCUGGACGUGCGUUACUGUCUGGCAAGUUGCUCCCAUCAGCUCCUGCCAGUGAGCCAGGCAGCAUGUGGCUGAGCCACGAUGGCCACACUGGGAGCCACAGGCCAGCUGCCCUCCCCAUGCGCCAGGCCUCUCCAGCACACACCACUGUGAGCGCUCCUCUGGAGUGGCAGCUCUCUGAGCUCUGCUCCAUAGCCAUAGGCUCAGCUUCCCUGGGAGGGCGGAGCUCUGCCAGGGCCAUCCCCGGCCCCUCUUAAUGAGCCCCGGCAGCACCGCGUCCCCAUUCGCCUCCUCUUUCGCCCUUGGACAUCCCCAGGGUCAGACAUGGCCUCCGGCACCCAGCUGAAGAGUGAGCUGCAGAUAAAGCGCUUCCUGAAAGAAGACUCGGAGGAGGCAGAGCUGGCCCAGUUCCUGAAGGAGUUCCCUUCAGGCGAGAGCUUUAGGAAAGUGGAGCUGGAGGAGGGCAAGAGGGCCCAUGGCCAGGGGCCCGUAGAUCCCGGCGUGUUCUCCAGCGUAGCCCAGCCCAUUGCCGAUGAGCUGCUAGACGAGAAGGAACUGAGGCCCUUCUCCCGGCCUCGGCCCCUGGACUUUCAGCAGCACAUCGCAGCUCCGGCACCACUGAGCCCCUCGCGGCCUAGGAGCCCAUGGGGCAAGCUUGAUCCAUACGACUCUUCUGAGGAUGAUAAGGAGUACGUGGGGUUUGCGACGCUCCCCAAUCAGGUCCAUCGGAAAUCGGUGAAGAAGGGGUUUGACUUCACGCUGAUGGUGGCAGGAGAGUCUGGCCUGGGGAAAUCCACCCUGGUGAACAGCCUCUUCCUCACUGACAUGUACAGGGAUCGCAAACUCCUCAGUGCAGAAGAGCGCAUUACUCAGACGGUGGAGAUCACCAAACACGUGGUGGACAUUGAGGAGAAGGGGGUCAAACUGCGCCUGACCAUCGUGGACACCCCAGGAUUCGGCGACGCCGUGAACAACACGGAAUGCUGGAAACCUGUGGCUGAUUACAUAGAUCAGCAAUUUGAGCAAUAUUUCCGGGAUGAGAGCGGCCUGAACCGGAAGAACAUCCAGGACAACCGCGUGCACUGCUGCCUCUACUUCAUCUCACCCUUUGGACAUGGCCUUCGUCCCCUGGAUGUGGAAUUCAUGAGAGCUCUCCAUCAGCGGGUGAACAUUGUGCCCAUCCUGGCAAAAGCUGACACCCUGACGCCCUCAGAGGUGGAGCGCAAGAAAAGCAAGAUUCGAGAAGAAAUCGAACAUUACGGGAUCCGGAUCUACCAGUUCCCUGAGUGCGACUCUGAUGAAGAUGAGGAUUUCAAGCUGCAGGACCAGGCAUUGAAGGAGAGCAUCCCUUUCGCUGUGAUCGGCAGCAACACGGUUGUGGAGGCCAAAGGAAGGCGAGUCCGUGGGCGACUGUAUCCCUGGGGCAUCGUGGAAGUGGAGAACCCUGCGCACUGCGACUUUGUGAAGCUGCGCACCAUGCUGGUGAAGACCCACAUGCAGGACCUCAAGGACGUGACACGAGAGACCCACUACGAGAACUACCGGGCGCAGUGCAUCCAAAGCAUGACCCGCAUGGUGGUGAAGGAGAGGAACCGCAACAAACUGACGCGGGAAAGCGGGACAGAUUUCCCCAUCCCAGCUAUCCCAGCAGUGCCGGACUCUGAAACAGAGAAACUCAUUCGGGAGAAGGACGAAGAGUUGCGGAGGAUGCAGGAGAUGCUGCAGAAGAUCCAGAGGCAGAUGAAGGACUCCCACUAGCCACCACAUUCCCCUCCAGCUCCCGCCCCACUCAGACCAGAAAUGUUUACAUCAAACCCCAGCCAUCAAAGCCAGCUCUGCUACUCGGUACCAACAGCGCACCUAGCACCUUAAGCUGAUGCGAUACGCCUUAUUAUGGACCCUUGCUGCGCUUUCCUCAGCGACCUACAGGAAAUAAAGGCUGACCCGCAUCAGAGCUUCUGCAGCCACCCUCCCCAUG